CCCGUUUCUUACCUGUUCCUUGGUAAUUGGUGCUUACUACGAGUGCGACGGUCUGUCGUGCCCCUCCGAAUCUACUGUGUUCUAUGAGUCCAAAUCUUAUAGGUGUCAUCUUCGUUCAAAUUUGUCACGCCUUGGAUUUGGUUCAUAGCCAAUACAGUAGACCGGAGGUCACACUUUCCUUUGCAUUUCAUGUUUCACCUAUUGUCCUCGAUUUUUUUUAUUCGUCUACGUCUACUGCUGCCAUGCAUCAUCAUGCACAUCCAACCUUGCUCGACUCAUCGACGACUUGACAUGGAUAUUAUUUUUUCUGACCAUUCCUCAAGCAAACGCCAAGUGAUCCUCGGAGUACACAUACAUGCUAAUCAUAUCUCCGAGCCUUUAGGCUUUUUAUUUUCUCUCCAACCCAUAUUACCGAUACGGGCAAUUUUCGAGGUAUACCACAUACCUCGGAUGACCUCGGCUCAUCACGGAUCAGUUGUAUCCAUUAUCAUAAGAUCAAGAUGAGGAGCACAGAAGCUCAGGGAAGGGCCCCAAUGCAUGGGCGGCGCCUUGGCGCCUUUUAAAUUGACGCAUCCAGCCAAUUUCUCGGGUUCUUCUGAUUCGAGGUUUUUCGGGCGAUCUCCGUUCACAAAUAGCCUCGUAUUAUGUGAGAAGUGCAUCAAAUGAUGCGAUUGUUUCCUGCCUCGGAGGAACUUUCAUCUACGAGGACCUGUAAUUUCAACGAGAUAUGCAAGGACCUGUCAUAAUAAUCCGACUGCCUCGGCCGAGAUUAAGAGGGGGG